CUUUAACUGACAAAAUCGAAAUCGAAAUGUGAAAGCUGCGACUUUUGGAGCUCUCAGCUCAGCUUCUUCUUCCCUGAGAGACACGGUCUCGUUACUGUCUCUCUCUAUCUAGUGAUUCUUCUUUUCCGAUGGCGAUCUCCGUACAACACGUCGUCGUUUUACUCCUCACCUCUCUCCUCAUCGCCAUCACCUUCUUCCUCUUCACCUCCGAUAACAUCAGAUUCCCUCUCCCUUCUCUCUCCUCCGACUACACACCACUCCCCAAUUCCUCAAACCUCGGCGUCUCUUCCGACCAAACUCCACAGAAGAUGAAGAUGAAGCUCAACGCUUCCCACGACCAGGAGGAGGAGGUGGUGAAGUGGGAUCUCUGUAAAGGUGCUGAAUCUGUCGACUACAUUCCUUGUCUGGACAAUCGCGACGCCAUUAAGCAGCUCAAGUCGAGGAGGCAUAUGGAACAUCGUGAGCGGCAUUGCCCUGAACCAACACCUAAGUGUCUCGUGCCCUUGCCGGAUAAUUACAAGCCGCCGGUUCCGUGGCCUAAGAGCCGUGACAUGGUAUGGUAUAACAAUGUUCCUCACCCCAAGCUUGUUGAAUACAAGAAGGAACAAAACUGGGUUAAAAAAGAGGGCGAGUUUCUAGUUUUUCCCGGAGGAGGUACUCAGUUCAAAUACGGUGUUACUCACUACGUUGAGUUCAUCGAAAAGGCGUUACCUGUUAUCAAAUGGGGCAAAAACAUAAGGGUAGUAUUAGAUGUAGGCUGUGGCGUGGCUAGCUUUGGCGGGUUCUUACUAGACAAAGAUGUCAUUACAAUGUCGUUUGCUCCUAAAGACGAACACGAAGCUCAGAUUCAGUUUGCGUUAGAACGAGGGAUACCUGCUACACUUUCUGUCAUUGGAACACAACAGCUUACUUUCCCGGCCAAUGCGUUUGAUCUUAUCCAUUGUGCACGGUGCAGAGUCCAUUGGGAUGCUGAUGGUGGGAAACCAUUGUUGGAGCUGAACAGGGUACUCAGGCCAGGAGGUUUCUUCAUAUGGUCCGCAACACCGGUGUAUCGAGACAAUGACAGAGAUAGCAAGAUAUGGACAGCAAUGGUUUCUCUGACUAAAUCCAUUUGCUGGAAGGUCGUGGCAAAGACGGUUGACUCCUCAGGAAUCGGACUCGUGAUAUAUCAAAAGCCAACUUCAGAAUCUUGCUAUAAGAAACGCAGCACGCAAGAACCACCUCUUUGCGCUAAAGAGGAAGCUAAUGCUUCUUGGUAUGCUCCUCUCCGCCAAUGCAUCUCCAAGCUACCGAGUAGAGCUGUCCAGAAGUGGCCUGAGCUAUGGCCUAAACGGCUUGGGAGUGUAAAGCCUCAAAGCGUGUUGGUUGACUCGAAAACAUUCAAGAAAGAUACAGAGAAGUGGUCAGAGAUUGUCUCUGACGUCUAUCUUGAACGUCUAGCUGUAAACUGGUCGAGUGUGAGGAAUGUUAUGGACAUGAAUGCUGGUUUUGGCGGGUUUGCUGCUGCACUUGUAAACCGACCUAUCUGGGUGAUGAAUGUUGUUCCUGUGGAUAAACCUGACACUCUCUCAGUUGUUUUUGAUCGAGGCUUGAUCGGAGUUUACCACGAUUGGUGCGAGUCCUUGAACACUUACCCUAGAACAUACGACCUGCUACAUUCCAGUUUUUACCUUGGAGAUGUCACACAAAGGUGUGAAAUUGUACAAGUGGUAGCUGAGAUUGAUAGGGUGUUGAGACCAGGUGGAUACCUUGUGGUGCAAGACACCAUGGAAACAAUAAAGGAGCUUGAAUCAAUACUUGGUUCGCUUCAUUGGUCAACCAAAAUACACCAGGAUCGGUUUUUGGUUGGUCGGAAGGGAUUUUGGCGUCCCAUUAAACCGGAGCUCUGAUUAGUAGACGAGAAAAAGAAUCAAAAACAAAAGAAAAUUAAUUUCAUUUUGUACACUAUGACGCAACCAUAUUAUAUACAUGUCAAAUACCCAUUAUGAAAGAACAUCGUUAAGGGGAUUUUGUUUUAAAUUUCUGGUUGCAUCGUCAAAUCUAUUCUAUUAAAACAC